AUGGCGCUCGAACUAUUACAGAAUGUACCCCGUCCGACACUGGAUCGGCCCUUCGGCAUUCACCUCUGGCCAAUUUUCGACCAGGCCUUCGAGAAGGUGGUGGGAUAUCCCGCCAGCGAGUUUAAGUUUGUUGAGGGACAAACGCCUAUGUCCGGCUUCAGGGAAACCGCCGCGAUGCUUGUGACCUACUAUGUGGUGAUCUUCGGAGGCCGUAUGGUGAUGAAGAAUUUCCCUGCCCUCAAGCUCAACACGCUGUUCAUGAUUCACAACUUCUAUUUGACCGCGAUCAGCGCGACUCUGCUGGCCCUUUUCGUCGAGCAACUUCUGCCGACUAUCUGGAGGAACGGUAUCUUCUUCGCCAUUUGCGACCACAAUGGCGGAUGGACCCAGCCCCUUAUUGUUCUCUACUACCUGAACUACCUGACCAAAUAUCUGGAACUCAUCGACACCGUCUUCCUAUUCCUCAAGAAGAAGCCAUUGACCUUCCUUCACACCUACCACCAUGGUGCCACCGCUCUCCUGUGCUACACUCAGCUAAUUGGGUUGACUGCCGUGCAAUGGGUUCCUAUCACCAUUAACCUCCUUGUUCACGUUGUCAUGUACUGGUACUAUUUCCAGAGCGCCCGCGGCAUUCGUAUCUGGUGGAAGGAGUGGAUCACCCGUCUUCAGAUCAUCCAGUUCGUCAUUGACCUUGGCUUCGUCUACUUUGCUUCCUAUACCUACUUCUCAUCCACCUAUUUCCCAUGGGCCCCGAACAUGGGCAAGUGCGCUGGAGAGGAAUUCGCCGCCUUCGCCGGAAUGGCCAUCCUGAGCUCCUACCUCUUCUUGUUUAUCUCCUUCUACAUCGCUACCUACAACAAGGCAGCCAAGUCUGGCCGUCCUCGUCGCAACACUGGCAGACAGGCUGUCAUUGAUAUGGCAAAGAUGGAGGUCGUCCCCAACGGAAGCGCCGCCAAUGGCAGCGCCAAGUCAAACGGAGCCGCGUCCGCUACUGGCCGCUCCAACGGCCCUGUCACCCGCUCCCGCAAGGCCUAA